UUAAGAAGAAAAAGAGAUCGAUGCAACGAGUUUUAGGAAAAAUGUAGGCUGUCUUCGCUAUUUGCUUCAUACAAGACCAGACUUAAACUUUUGUGUGGGAGUUCUUAGUCGUUACAUGCAGAAUCCGAAGGAAUCACAUGGAACAGCAAUGAAGCAGUGUCUAAGAUAUGUAAAAGGCACCAGUACUCUUGGUUUAACAUAUCGGCGUUCUGUUUCAAAUAUUCCAAAGCUGGUGGGGUUUAGUGACAGUAGUCACAAUGUUGAUCCUAAUGAUGGAAGAAGCACAACUGGUCAUAUAUUUUACUUAGGAGAGAGCUCAAGUCCAAUCUCUUGGUGUUCACAGAAACAAGAUACGGUGGCGUUAUCAUCUUGUGAAGCAGAAUUCAUGGCAGAAACUGAGGAAGCGAGACAAGCUAUUUGGCUUCAAGAUUUGUUUUAUGAGGUCACUGGAGUGCCGUGUGAAAGGGCACUUAUUCGGAUAGACAACAAGUCGGCUAUUGCUCUCACGAAGAACCCGGUGUUUCACGGACGUAGUAAGCACAUACAUCGAAAGUACCACUUCAUAAGAGAAUGCGUUGAGAAUGGGCUUGUAGAAGUGGAGUACGUUCCCGGUGAGGAGCAAAAAGCGGACAUUCUAACAAAUGCACUAGGGAGAGUUAAGUUCAAGGAAAUGAGAGAGCUUAUUGGAGUGCAAAAUGUGGUGAAAGAAGAUUUCAAGCUUUAGAGGGAGAAUAUUGGAUAAGCUUAACAAUUACUUGAGAUAUAAGUUAGUUGUGAAAGAGAUAUCAAAACGGCCUAACAUCUCGAAUGCAAAGGAAAUAAAGAGAUAUUCCUUUU